GCUCGAUAUACCUGUAGCCGCAGGUAAAACACAAUACACGGCAGGACUCACCAACCGAUUCUGAAACGGCGUGUUUUCGCGACGAAAUCUCAACAUUUCACUCGUUUCCGGUCCACGAAUCCAAGCGAAGAUCGAUGAGGUGGACGACAUCAGGCGUCCGAGGGAAAUAUUUCACGCUCGUGUGACUUCCGCGAUCUCGCGCUCAAAACACCGAAGAUUUCGUCCGAUCCUAUGCGGUCCUGAAUGUGGCGAGUUAUGCCUGGCCACAGCACGGCAACACAUCACAAGAUGCGUCCUCACAUCUCGAGCCGUUCGAAGGCUGAUGGCUACAGGCAAAGCCGCACCUACUCAAGGGACAGCAUCGCCACGCAAGACGCCUACAAAGAGCACUAUAGCGAGCAGCCUCGCAGCGUAGAUGCACAAUUCCCCCGUAAAACCCACCUUUACUACGCCAGUGGCCGAGCCUCGGAAACCCUGGGCUUCAUACCGGGCUCUGCAGACUCGCCGCAGGGCACUCAAGCCUGUGGAUCUUGCGCCUCCCUUGGCUUGAGCGGUUGUAAAGCUCUACUGUGUUGCAUUCUCACCUGUGGGCUCUACGGGUCUCGCAAACCUUGUCUGCCGCCCAACGAGAGCUCCACUGAUAACCCGCUGAAAGUUGAGCCAGAGCCACGGAAGCCCAACGGUCUGGCGCUGUCCAACCCAACAUGUGGCGUUGAACCCAGCAAGCCGAGGCAGUUGCCCAGCUCUGGCAGCUUCAGGUAUGUCGACGUCUUCAUCGGCGGGAAAAAGGUGGACUACCCUGACAACUCGGAGGCACCGCCACGACGCUCCAAGAUGGCGGUGAAGGGCGACAACCAGAGGCCAAUCAGCAACACCAGCAUCUACUCAAGAGAGGACUUGGAUCUCGAUGACCUGGAUGACGGUGGCACCGAUAUCGACUCGCUGAUCACCAAAAAGCUUCUGGAACUUUAUAAAAUGCACCAGAUCGAGCAGCUGGCCAAGUGCACGUCCGAAUUGUCGUUCUCUCGUAAAACCAACGAGAUCAGCGACCUGAUCAACAGCAUCGCUCAGGACUAUAACUUAGAAGAGCAGGAAGCCGAGUGUCGGUUGGUGCACGGCGUCAUACGCAUCAGCACCCGCCAUAAGUCCUCUAAAGGUUACAAAAGCAAAGACUAUAAAUCUCAGGAUGCGAUGCCUCAUGCCAACGGUAGGAGGGAUGGAACGCUGCCUGACAGCGGCAAUGAGACCAUGACUUUAACCUUUAGUGAUGGGGAACACGAGAUGCAGGUGUCGGAAUCGACAACCUCAGAUCUGCUCGCCCGAAAUAUUAAAUAUGAAAUGAGAGGCCACAGCCGGAAAAAUUUUUACUCCAGCUCAGCCACGGAUUCAUCAGGAGCGCCAUUAUUGUGCUAACACCGCCAGCUGUUUCCUCUCCGUUACUCAUGCCUACUUGGUGUUCUCUCUGUCCGUGUGCUCAUCUCAGUGAAAGCCGUGAUUAUGCCGAGGAGACUCUGAACUUGUCUGCAAACUGUUGUGUUGUUUUCCUAUAGAGUGUGUAUGUUAAACAUGGGAGCCUGUUGCAAAUAAAUGUUGGUUGACUUGAUGGUUUCCUUCCUGCUGCCCUCGACAGAAGCCAUAUGGAUCGUUACACAAGGGACCUGAAGUGUCCUGACCAAUCAUUGCCAUCUGGUAUUUCCUCAAGUGUUUGUUUUGAUUUUACUUUGGAAGAAGAGUCACAACAUUCGACCUAUAUGUGGUGAUGUAUCUAGUAUGUUUGGUUUAAGCACUGAUUAAUGGCGUCAAUAGGACGCUCUGGUGUUGCUAUAGAUCCGACUGCUUUACUGUGGAAGCCCGUCCUGCACGUGUCAACUCAGAACUGUUUUCGUUUUUAAUACAAAUGUAAUGCAAUUACUUGUACUGCUCACUUUAUGACAAGACACCCAUAUCUUUUAUUGUGGAAUUUUUAUCAAUGAUUUGAAAUGCUUUGUAAAGAUGUUUUUGUUGUUUUUUUUUUAUCAAAAUAAAAGG